UCCCUCAGGCGCGAAGCCGCCGAGUCCGCGGGGCAGGCGCUGAUCUAGGACCCGCCGCAAACGCCGCGUCGCUUUUCCUCGCGGUGCGGGCAAGCCCCCGCCGCAGCAGCCGGAGAGCCUCCGGAUUGAUGGAGGCGCCGAAGGCUGCCGCCUUUUGGCCGCCGGGCUGCCGGCCCCGACGCAGCUGUUCGGGUGGCGCUCGUCGGCUCGCCUUGGCGGGAUAAUGCGCCGCCGCCGCCGUGCCUGCUGGUCGCCCAUCCGAGAGGCCCCCCGGUCGGCGCCAUGUCCCCCCCAGCCUCGGCGGCCGCGGCCAGCAGCAGCGAAAGAGGCAGCAGCACCUCAGUGCCUCAGGAGGAGGCGGAGGGAGUCCGAGAGGAGCAACGGCCCGUGAAGCAGUCGCUCAGCAAGUCGCUCUGUAGAGAGUCACACUGGAAGUGCCUGGUGCUCUCCUUCUUAAUGUAUGGCUGCAUGGGAGCGAUGACUUGGUGCCACGUUACAAAGGUGACCCGGUUGACAUUUGAUAGUGCUUAUAAGGGAAAGUCCAUGAUGUACCAUGAUAGCCCUUGCUCUAAUGGCUAUAUCUAUAUUCCUUUGGCCUUCUUGGUGAUGCUUUAUGUGGUCUACCUGGUGGAGUGUUGGCACUGCUACACUCGCAAUGAGCUCCAGUACAAGGUGGACGUGGACAGCGUACAUGAACGUGUCCAAAGGAUGCAGCAGGCCACACCAUGCAUCUGGUGGAAGGCCAUCAGCUAUCAUUAUGUCAGAAGGACACGUCAGGUCACCCGCUAUCGCAAUGGAGAUGCUUAUACUACCACCCAGGUCUACCAUGAGAGAGUCAACACCCACGUGGCAGAAGCAGAAUUUGAUUACUCUAACUGUGGGGCGAAGGACAUUUCAAAGGACCUAAUUGACUUGGAGAGUUUCCCAGCUACUCGGCUUCGCUUCACCAAGUGCUUCAGCUUUGCCAAUGUAGAAUCCGAGAACUCCUACCUGACUCAGAGGGCCCGUUUCUUCACAGAGAACGAGGGACUAGAUGACUAUAUGGAGGCAAGGGAAGGCAUGCACCUUAAGAAUGUGGACUUCAAAGAGUACAUGGUGGCUUUCUCAGACCCAGACAAUUUACCUUGGUAUAUUUCUCACUAUGUUUUCUGGGUAGCUGCUCUCUUGACUUUGUCCUGGCCCUUGAGAGUCUUGAAUGAAUAUCGCACUUCUUAUGUCCACUACCAUGUAGAAAAACUCUUUGGAUUUGACUACGUGGCAGUAACACCAGCUGAAGAGCGUCCUUUCUGCCGACGGAUGCCUCGAGUCAACACAGUGGAUAGCACAGAACUAGAGUGGCAUAUCCGCUCCAACCAGCAAUUGGUGCCUAGCUACUCAGAGGCUGUCCUGAUGGAUUUGGUAGGCCUGUCUGGUUGCACAACUUACUCCUCCUGCCAUUAUGGCAGUUAUAGGCAAAACUGUGAACAAUGCCAUAGGACUAUAAGUAGCUCUUCCAUCUUCUCCCGUAGUGCUCUCAGCAUCUGCAACGGCAGCCCCAGAAUCCCCUUUAGUAGCAGUCGCUUCUCUUUGGGCCGCCUGUAUGGCUCCAGGCGCAGCUGCCUUUGGCAAAGUCGGAGCGAGAGCUUAAAUGAGCAAAGCUGUCCAACUGAGCAGACUCGCCUGUCCAGCCAAGUCACCAUGGAGGAGGAAGAGCCUCCUCCUUACCAAGAUGCUCUCUAUUUCCCCGUCCUUAUUGUACAUCGAAAUGAGGGCUGUCUCAACCAUGAUCACCGCCACCUCCAUCGGAAUGGAUCCUGUGUGGAGACCUCACUCUAAAGGUGUGAAAACCACUUAAGGGAAGUGCCCUGACUCACAGAUAUGAUGGGUUAGGCA